CAGCGUGUCCGACGCUGACGCGACGGGGACCGGGGACGCUCGCUUCUUGUGGCACUCUGUUGGUUCUGGUUGUUUCUCUGGCGGCGUCGCGUACGCACCGACACGCACACCGGGCGAUGACGAGGAGACGCAGCAGACCGAGGCCACGACGAAAAGAAUGUAAUCCCGGUAUGUGCGCGCAGCGGCUCCGAACGCAAUGCCCGACGGACUAUUUUUCGAGCUGUGGCACGCGUAAAGUAACCGGACCACGUUGCACUUGUUGAAGAGGCGGAGGCGUCAGGGGAGCUGAAUCUGACUGGAAUAUUUAUUGGACUUGAUUUAUUGUAUCGUAAAUGAUUUUGGAUAUUGUGAGUCGCUUCUGAACAUGAUAGCACGCGCGAGGGAAUGGAAUCGAGACUAGUUGCGUCAGUGUGUAAAGCUCAAUGCCGGAAAAGGAUCUUGCCUUGAGACAGUGAAGGGAAAUGCGAGACUAUAGAUGUCAGAGACAGGGGAGGAACGUGCUGUUAGACUGUAUACGGCUGCGGAGAUAAUGAAAAACGCCAGAGCCAAGGAGACCGAGGAGCAGGCGGCGCUGAGGAGGAUGCAGGAGGCGCAGCGGAUGGCCAGGCAUCGCGCCAAGAAAAAGCGUUGCCUGGACGAGAACCUGGCGCGGGAAAUCUCCAAGAUCGCCGAGCUGUCCAAGAUGCCCGAUUCCACUGCGAUAGCCCAGAUGUCGGAGAUGAACAUGAACAAGAUAUCUGCGGAGUUGAAGCAAAUGAUGGAGAGGGGAAAAGUACCUGAGCAUAUAGUUCAAAUGGCUCAACUGGCGGAGUUUAACAAAAUGAAUUCUGAGUUGAACAAGAUGUCGCAGGACAUGGCGAAGAGAUACGAGAUGGAGAAGAUGGCAGAGUACGCCAAGACCACGGAGUACAUAAAGAUGCAGGAGCUCGCCAAGAUGAACGAGAUGGUGAAGCUCUCCGAGAUGGCCAAGUAUAACGACAUCAGCAAGAUCAACGAGAUUGCCAAGAUGAACGAGAUGAUGAAGAUCUCGCAGAUGGCCAAGAUCAACGAGGUGCAGAGGAUGAACGAGAUAGCGAAGCUGAACGAGAUGGUGAAGAUGUCGGAGAUGGCGAAAUAUAAUAACGACAUAACGAAGCUGACCGAAUUCGCGCAGAUCAACGAGAUGGCGAAGGAGAUCGCCAAGAUGAACGAGAAGACCAAGAUGAGCGAGAUGAUGAAGAUGGCGAACAUGCAGAACGACAUUGGCAAGAUGGACAGACAAGAGUACCCGGUGAAGCUGACAAACGAGAUGGUGAAGCUGAACGAGCUGGCCAAGAUGAACGAGAUCACGAUCACGAAGCUCAACGACCCGCCGAAGAUGUCGGAGAUGCCGUCGCUGCCGCCACCGUCGCGCAUCCCCGAACCCGUCAUCACCGUGCCAAAUCCGAGGAAUCUGCAGAACGUGCAGACCGUGCAGGUGGCACAGGCCAGCCCGUCCAGCAUGAUGAACUACCAGGCCAUGCCCGGCCAGAACAAUUACGGUAAACUGUUGAUGAUCAUCGAGGAGCUCGGCAGGGACAUCCGCCUGUCGUACGCGGGCAGUCGCAGCGCCGCCGAGAGGCUGAAGAAUGGCAUUCAGCAGGCCAGGGUCGCCGUGAGGGACUGCCUGCACGAGACGCAGCACAACGCGCAACAAUGAUCUGCCGACGCGAGUUAGCUAGCGAUUAGACGACUCAUAGCCUUUUAUCGUUUCACCAGGCUCGUUGCUUUAUACGAAUCGCUUCAAUUCGGACAGUAGUAUCGACACGACGUUGGGACGCGCGCGGGGAACGAACGUGCUCGAGUCUCGUUUGUGGAAACCCAAGCCUUUGAGGCCGCUAUCUUUUUCACUCUCGCGCGACACACACGCGCGGCCUCUCCCUUCGCUCGGUCUUGGCUCGAUUCCCGCGCGCACGUCAGUCGAACAGCGUUUUACCAAUUUUAUAACUUUUAAGUUGCGAUUUCCGAUACAUACUUAUUGUUAGUGCAUAGAAGCGGGAAGGACAGUAUCAAUUUGUAUACACGCACCGUACUACAUAGAGAAUGUUAGAGAGUCUUAGUUUAUAUUUUAUAAACGAAGGAUCGAUGGACGGCGACACCAUGGUUUUCGUUAAGACUUCCUAUACGGUGCAACAAACCUUUAUAGUAUACGUUUCCAGUGAAAAGGGGAAAUUGAAAAAAAGAAGACGGCAAGAUAAAAAGCUUUUCGAAUAUGUACCUAAUGGAAAGUAUAAUCCCGUACAUAUAUUCCAUAUAUCGUUAAAUAAAUAAAAAUUUUGUAUACAACGCG